AGCUCUUGCUGCACGUGUCCAGGAAGGCACUGGAGGCAGGGACCAGGGAAGUGUCGGGCAGGGCCUUCUGCCCUGUCGUCACAGGGUGGAACCUCGCUGAGCCUGCCCAGGAUAAAAGAGCUGCCGCCCCGGACCCCGCACCUCAGCCUCCAUCUCCUCUGCAUCAGGUGAGCGCGCAGUCGGAGCCUGGAUCCUCAGGUUAAAGCUCCGCCGAGAUGUCCUGCCAGCAGAACCAGAAGCAGUGCCAGCCCCCUCCCAAGUGCCCCUCCCCCAAGUGCCCUCCCAAGAGCCCAGCACAGUGUGUGCCCGCCGCCUCCUCCUGCUGCGCUCCCAGCUCCGGGGGCUGCGGCGGGCUCGGCUCCUCCCAGGGCGGCUGCUGCCUGAGGCCCCGCAGCCCCCGCAGGUCCCACAGAUGCCACCGCCAGCCUUCCAGGUCCUGUGACCGCGGCAGUGGACAGCAGUCGGGGGGUCCUGGCUGUGGCCACAGCUGUGGGGGCUGCUGACCCGAAUCCCCAUGCUGAGGCCAGAGGUUGCAGAGGAGGCGAGAAUCCCAGAGCCAAGGGAAAACCCGAGCUGCUGCCCCCUCUCUUGGACACGGGCACCUGUGCCUCUUGCAGCAGACGCAGUGCCCCUGUGGGAUGGCUGUGCUCUCUGCUGAGGCUCCUGUGUAGUUCUCACGGGCCCAGAGCCUUCUCCUCCUCAGGAGGCUCUCGCCUGUGCCCGAUC